GUCAAGCAGCGCCUCUCGGUUAUCAACAAAUAAAGAAUUUCACUUGUUUUUAAACCUGGUUCCUUCGUCUGAACAAAACUUUCAAAAUGUCCCAGAGGAGGAUCUGUUCUCUGGUUCUGGUUCUCAUCUGCCUGCUUGUAGGUGUACACUGUAAGUUUCCGAGUUUGGACCGCAUCAGACCGAGAGCUAGCGACAAGGCACAAGCUCGAGCCGUGUCCGGGCUGCUGAAACGGCUUCUGGGGAACAGAUCCUCAGAGUUUAUCGUGUCGGUCAACAGAAGCCUGUCUAAUGAACUCCUGGAUGUGUGUGAGCUCAGGUCCACCAAAAACAGUAAGAUCGUGGCCACUGGCAGCACCGGGGUGGCCGUGGCGUCCGGGAUUUAUAACUAUCUGAAAUAUUUCUGCAACUGUCACAUUUCCUGGUCCGGAAACCAGCUGGAUGUGCCCAGUCCUCUGCCCAGACUCACCGGUGUGCUCCGGAUAAACACCCCACACAGAUUCCGGUAUUACCAAAACGUCUGCACCUUUAGUUAUUCUGCUGUGUGGUGGGACUGGUCGAGAUGGGAAACAGAGAUCGACUGGAUGGCUCUGAAUGGAAUCAACCUGCCGCUGGCUUUCACAGGUCAAGAAGCUCUGUGGCAGGAGGUGUACCGUGCUCUUGGAUUAAAUGAGUCGGAGAUUGAAGAGUUCUUCUCUGGACCAGCAUUUCUUGCCUGGAACCGCAUGGGGAACAUGAACACGUUUGGUGGGCCUCUGCCACAGUCCUGGCAUGUGAACCAACUUUACCUCCAAUUUAAGAUUUUAGAGCGCAUGAGAAACUUUGGCAUGAUGCCUGUGCUGCCAGCAUUUUCUGGACACAUUCCGAAAGGAAUUCUCAGGUUGUAUCCUAAAGCUAAUGUAACCAGACUUGGACCUUGGAGUCAUUUCAACUGCAGCUUCUCGUGCUCCUACAUCUUAGACCCGCUGGACCCCCUGUUUCUCCAGAUCGGCUCUCUCUUCCUGUCCCAGGUGGUAAAACAGUUCAGCACAGAUCACAUCUACAACACCGACACGUUCAAUGAGAUGAGCCCACCGUCGGCUGACCCCGACUACCUGUCUGCAGUCAGUCGUUCUGUGUUUGCCUCCAUGACUGCAGUUGAUCCUGAUGCAGUGUGGCUGAUGCAGGGCUGGCUGUUCUUCAGCGACGCCACAUUUUGGAAGCCGACACAGAUCCAGGCUCUGCUGCACGGAGUACCUAUUGGAAGAAUGAUUGUGCUCGAUCUGUUUGCAGAGGCUAACCCUGUCUUCUCCUACACACAAUCUUUCUAUGGACAGCCCUUCAUUUGGUGCAUGCUGCAGAACUUUGGGGGAAAUAAUGGGCUUUUUGGCACAGUUGAAAGCAUCAAUUCAGGCCCUUUCCAAGCCUUGAGUUUUCCAAACUCAACUAUUGUAGGAAUAGGCAUGACCCCUGAGGGUAUCGAGCAGAACCCUGUUAUAUAUGAGCUGAUGAGUGAACUAGCUUGGCGCAAAGAGCCUGUCAACUUGGCCAAGUGGGUGUCACUGUAUGCCGUACGCCGCUACGGCAGCAUGGAUGCUAAUCUGACUGCUGCAUGGAAGCUUCUGUUUUUUGGUGUUUACAACUGCACUGUGCCACAUUACAGAAACCACAACCACAGCCCACUGGUGCGCAGGCCAUCCUUUCACAUGAAUACUAGCCUUUGGUACGACCCGGCUGAUCUCUUUGAAGCCUGGAGACUGUUCAUGGAAGCAGCUCCUUCUCUGAUGUCCAAAGAGACCUUCCAGUACGAUCUGGUGGACGUGACUCGGCAGGUCCUUCAAGUCCUAACAGCUUAUUAUUACCAAGAUAUCGUUGAUGCUUUCCACAACAAAAAAAUGCCUGAGCUGCUGACCACUGGCGGUGUUCUGAUUUAUGACCUCCUGCCUGAACUCAACCGUUUGUUGAGCAGCAACAGCAACUUCUUGUUGGGCUCGUGGCUGGAGAGAGCACGGUCCAUGGCUCUGAAUGAGCGGGAGGCGCAGCUCUAUGACAUGAAUGCCAGAAACCAGGUCACUCUGUGGGGUCCCAGUGGUGAGAUCCUGGACUACGCUAACAAGGAGUGGGGGGGCCUUAUGGAAGACUACUACGCUCAGCGGUGGGGGCUGUUUGUCCAGACCCUGGUGGAGUGUCUGGACAGUGGGCAGCCAUACAAGCAGGACACCUUCAACCAAGCAGUUUCCCAAGUUGAGAAGGGUUUUAUUUACAAUGGCAGGAAGUACCCAACAAAACGCCAGGGAGACACUUAUGACAUCACUUACAGAAUCUUUCUCAAGUACUACCCACAGGCUGUUAAGAGACUACUAUAAAACUACAACUUGUAUCAAGUCACAGCUGGAAGGAUGUCCUUCUGUUAUUACAUUCCAGGACUUUUUCUACAGCUUCAUACAGAAAACAGUGGAGGUGUAACCUGUAACAUGGUUGUACCGAGCCUUCGCGGUACAAACAUCAGGGUCCAGUAGAGACCAGUGGUGAACUUUUAGAUCUGGGGUCAGAUUUAUAAAGGAUUGCGUGGAAACCAUACUAAAAGUGAACGUACGGCCAAAAGGUGAAAAUGGCGUACGUCAAAAAAAAUUCAGAUUUAUUAAACCGUACGUACGCACAUUUCUAUGCAUCUUUCCUUUUUGGAUCACAGCCGCACGUCAGAGUUUGCGCACAAGGUCCCGCCUCAGGUUCUACCCUCUACACGCCCACACUCAACC